UAGAAAUACCACCAAGGCCAUAUGGCUCCCAAAAUCUUGCUCUUUCUCACACCUUUAUUGCUUUGUUAUGCUGCCUCCAUCACUUCUCCUGCUAAAGGUGAAGGAUUGAAGGAAGCGGAGGCUCUUCUAGAAUGGAAAGCCAACCUCGACAACCAAAGCCAAUCUUUCCUGUCUUCGUGGGCUGGAGACAGCCCUUGCAACUGGUUUGGAAUCAGCUGCGACAAGUCUGGCAGCGUCACCAACUUAAGUCUUCCAGGUUCUAGUUUGUCAGGUACAAUUCAUAAUCUCAGAUUCUCAUCCUUUCCCAAUCUGGUCAAGCUCGACCUUAGCGAAAACUCACUCUACGGGACCAUUCCUUCACAUAUUAGUAAUCUUUCCAAGAUCACUAUCCUUGAUUUGUCAUACAACAAAAUAACCGGAAAUAUUCCAUCUGAAAUUAGCUCACUGAAAAGCCUCACAAAAUUUUCGCUUCUUUCCAACUCCAUGAAUGGCCCCAUCCCUGCGUCUAUAGGAAACUUGAGCAACUUGGAAUAUAUUUAUUUUGACAGGAACAGAUUCUCUGGUCCCAUUCCUGUGGAAGUAGGAAACCUCAGAUCUCUCAUUCACCUUAUGUUGCCUAAUAAUAGUCUCAGUGGCAUAAUACCAGCUUCUAUAGGAAACAUGAGCAACCUGCAAUAUAUUUUCCUAUACAAUAAUGAACUGUCCGGUUCCAUCCCUGCCGAAGUAGGAAACCUGAGAUUUCUCUUUGACAUUAAUUUGCAUGGAAAUCAUCUCACUGGCACAAUACCAGCUUCUAUGGGAAACUUGACAUCAUCUUUUAUCGCUACAAACUUGGCAUCUAAUAAUCUAACAGGUAGAAUUCCUCCAUCUUUAGGAAAUUUAAGAAGCUUAUCUAAGCUUCAUCUUCAGGAAAACUUUUUUUUUGGCCCCAUUCCUCUAGAAUUGAACAAUCUUACACAUUUAAUUUCGUUACAGAUAUAUUCUAAUAGAUUUAGUGGACAUCUACCGCAAGAUGUGUGCCUUGGUGGGUUACUUCAAAAUUUCUCUGCGGCUGAUAAUCAUUUCACUGGAGCUAUCCCAAAAACCUUGAAAAAUUGCUCUAGCCUGAUAAGACUUUUUCUUUAUAACAACCAACUUAGUGACAACAUAUCUGAAGCUUUUGGCACAUACACCCAUCUGAACUAUAUAGAUUUGAGUGAUAAUGAAUUGUACGGGGAACUUUCAUGGAAAUGGCAGCAGUUUCGCAAUCUGACAGCCUUGAGAAUCUCUGGUAACAGAAUCUCUGGUGAAAUUCCAGUUGAGCUUGGAAAGACAACUCAUCUUCAAGCUCUUGAUCUCUCAUCAAAUCAAAUAGUUGGGAGAAUUCCUAAGGAAUUGGGAAAGUUGAAGCUGAUUGAACUUACACUCAAUGAUAACCAACUUUCAGGUGAUAUACCUUUUGAUGUCACAGCGUUAUCUAGUCUUCAAAAGCUUGGCCUGGCUGCAAACAAUUUUAGUGCAAUAAUUCUCAAACAGCUUGGCAAGUGCUCAGAACUGAUAUUCUUGAAUGUGAGCAAGAAUAGAUUCACAGGCAGUAUUCCUGCUGAGAUGGGGCUUUUACAGUCUCUUCAUAGUCUUGAUCUCAGUUGGAAUUCCCUGACAGGAGGCAUAGCACCGGAGCUUGGACACCUGCUGAUGCUAGAGGUAUUGAAACUCUCCCAUAACAUGCUGUCUGGUUUCAUUCCAACCAGUUUUAUUAGAUUGCAAGGCCUCACAGAUGUGGAUGUGUCCUAUAACAAGUUAGAGGGUCCCCUUCCAGAUAUCAAAGCUUUUCGUGAGGCAUCAUUUGAAGCAAUUCGCAACAACACCAACCUCUGUGGCAAUGCUACUGGUUUGGAGGCUUGUGAUGUUCUCAUAAAAAACAGAACUGUGCAUAAAAAGGGCAACAAAGUUGUCCUUCUGAUUGUACUUCCUCUGCUGGGCAGUUUGUUGGUCCUCGUUGGAUGUUUCUUUAUUGUUUGCCAAGGCACAAAGAGGAAAAGGUUAUAUGAAGCACAGAGCAAAAAUGUUAUCGCAAAAUGGAGCCCUGAAUGGGAACUGAAGUAUGAGAACAUCAUAGAGGCUACAGAGGGAUUCAACUCCAAACAUUGCAUUGGUGAAGGAGGGUACGGAGUAGUUUACAAAGCUGUGCUUCCAACAGAACAAGUGCUUGCUGUGAAGAAAUUUCACCAGACACCAGAAGUUGAGAAGAUCAGCUUGAGAGCUUUCAGAAGCGAGAUUGAUGUCUUAAUGGGCAUACGGCAUCGAAACAUUGUCAAGCUGUAUGGUUUCUGCUCACAUGCCAAACACUCAUUCUUGGUAUAUGAAUUUGUGGAAAGGGGAAGCUUAAGGAAUGUACUGAAGAACGAGGAACAAGCAGAAGAGAUGGAUUGGGUUAAAAGGCUAAAUCUUGUCAAAGGGGUGGCCAAUGCUUUAUCCUACAUGCACCAUGAUUGCUCACCUCCGAUAAUUCAUCGAGACAUUUCAAGCAACAAUGUUCUCUUGGAUUCGGAAUAUGAGGCUCAUGUCUCUGACUUUGGCUCGGCUAGGCUCUUAAUGCCUGACUCAUCGAAUUGGACAUUAUUUGCUGGCACCUACGGCUACACAGCUCCAGAGUUGGCCUACACAAUGAAAGUGGACGAAAAAUGUGACGUCUAUAGCUUUGGAGUAGUAGUAUUGGAAGUGAUGUUGGGAAGGCAUCCGGGAAAUUUCAUCUCAUCUCUGAUGUCAUUGGCCGCCUCCUCCUCCUCCUCCUCCUCCUCCUCACCAUCUCCAUCACCAUCAGUCGGUGGCAAUACGCUCUUGAAGGAUGUUUUAGACCAGCGCCUCCCACCACCUGAAGAUAAACUUGCAGGGGGUGUGGCCAGUGUCGUAAAACUAGCACUUUCUUGCUUGUGUAGUGAUCCCCGAUUUCGGCCAACAAUGCGACAGGUCUCUUCAGAGAUUACAACUCUUCGGCCUUCAUUGCCAAAGCCAUUCUCCACGAUAGAAUUGAAUGAUGUAUUGCAUGACGGAAUUGCUAUUGGUUGAACUUUUACUGUCUUCUUUCCUCAAUUGUGUGAAACAAUCGGUUAUGAAAAAUGCAAGUAUUCAAUGAUCAAGUCAUCAAA